CACGUGUACUUCCGGUUAGGGCGGAAGACAACAGUGGAAGUACUCUGCUUCAGUGUAAAUGUCAGGAUAGCCUAAAACACGCUCUGAUUUUUCUUUUGGGUGUUUCGAGGGAACAAAGACGACCACGUCGAAAUGUUUUCCUUUCAGGUCUUUGACCACCCGAUGUCCCGUGGCUUCCAGAACCGCUUUUCCACUCAGUAUCGAUGCUACUCUGUGUCCAUGUUGGCCGGUCCGAACGACCGUUCCGACGUGGAGAAAGGAGGCAAAAUCAUAAUGCCACCUUCAGCACUCGACCAGCUCAGCAGACUUAAUAUCACCUACCCGAUGCUGUUCAAGCUGACCAACAAGAACUCAGACCGAAUGACUCACUGUGGUGUUCUAGAGUUUGUGGCAGAUGAGGGAAUCUGCUACCUGCCGCACUGGAUGAUGCAGAAUCUGCUGCUGGAGGAAGGUGGGCUAGUCCAGGUUGAGAGCGUUAACCUGAUGGUGGCAACCUACUCCAAGUUCCAGCCACAGAGUCCUGACUUUUUGGACAUAACAAACCCCAAAGCAGUGCUGGAGAAUGCAUUGAGAAAUUUUGCCUGCUUGACCACUGGUGAUGUCAUUGCCAUCAAUUAUAAUGAAAAGAUUUAUGAGCUGCGAGUAAUGGAGACAAAACCAGACAAAGCGGUAUCCAUAAUCGAGUGUGAUAUGAAUGUGGAUUUUGAUGCUCCUUUGGGUUACAAAGAGCCUGAACGCCGGUCUCAGCACCAGGAAGAACCGACCGAGGAAGAGGCUGACCCAAGCACUUACGCCGAUAUGGACACGCGCUUUAGAGCUUUUACUGGCUCUGGCAAUCGCUUGGACGGCAAAACAAAAGGGAUCGAACCCAGCCCUGCUCCACUCGGCCCCAGUGAUAUUAUAAGAGGUAUCCCCAACUACGAUUUCAAAGUCGGCAGGCUCACGUUUAUCCGAAAUUCAAGGCCAGUGCCAAGGAGAAUGGCUGAGGAUGAUGACGCUAUGAGCAGAUUCAUCGCCUUCUCUGGAGAAGGACAAUCGUUACGCAAGAAGGGCAGAAAACCCUGAUGUGUUCCAGCAAAGAAACGACUUGUUGGCUCAUACAUACGCGCACCAACAACAUGUAUAGUCACCGACACCUGCAAAGUGAAAUCUUUUCUUUCAGGUGAACUGGGGUGUUGGCAUCUCGGGCACUUUGGAUUGCAGUUGUGCUGUGGAAGUGGGCUCGUACUUGAUUGCAACACGGGCAGACCCUCUUUUUUGUUUGUUUGUUUUUUUGUCCGAUUGAAGCUGAGAUCCAUAAAAUGCUGCCAGCGGUGAUUUUUGUAUUCCCAAAUGUAUUAGUGUUUGGUUUGAGUUCUUCUACCAAUGCAUUACAAAGAUUUACUAUUGAAAUCUCAUUUUUAGACUUGAAGUUUACAUCUGCCUGCUAUUUUCCAUUAUUGUAAUUUUUUGCAGUCCACUUCUUACAUACUGCUACCAAUUAUAGCCCAUUAUUAUGACAUAAUGGGUGCAAUAUUUUUUGAACUUGUUUUUAAUAAUUAAAAAAAUGUUUGCGUUUCUGCUGAGUCAUUGUAGGGAUCUACAAGUAUUUUCUUUUUCCUUAUUUAUAGAUGAAUAAAGGAUUG